GCAGGCCUGAUGUCAGCUGUCGUUUCGUUUAGGUUUGCCUUCCAAAUUAAGUAAUGGGCUCGAUUAAACGAACGCCAACGUGAAAUUCGGUUUCAAAAUUCCCCUACCGUUCUCCUUAAUUCCUUUUUUGCGUUUCAACUUGAGUUGGCAAUGGCCUAUACCAUCAAGUUGGACUGGAUAAGGAGGAUCCUGAACCUUUGUGGCUCACGACAGUCUCGUCUAAUGCAUGAUGAUGGUAAGGCGCCGAUUUGCACCCAGAGUCCCUGGAAACGCCUGACGCGGCUGACCAGGAAUACCUCGAGCAGUACUUCCGGUGGUAAUGAACACCGCAGACUGGACACCAAUAAGCCGAAGCCCAAAAAUAAGCAAAACGCUUACACCGAACGACAAACACCUUUUAGGGUCAACACAUAUCGCAAUGCUAACCAGUUAAGAAUGCAUCCUUUAGUCAGAGAACAGGACAAAAGGACGAGUAAACAUAAGCGACGCCUUCCCAUUGAGAAAUCAGCCACAAUGAAGUUACACAAUGUGCAGAGAAGAGAGCAGCAGCUGGCCAGGUCACUGCGAUCCCCAGGUCCAAGUGACACUGCCUCACCGAGCUCCACCAUACCGCUCAAGAUUCUCGAAAUGACCCAAAGGGAUCGAACGAUGUCCUCACAGCUGGUAAUGGAUGCGAUGAGGAUCAGGAAUAUGGAGAGGAUGGUGCGCAAAUCGGAGGCCAGGAUGUUGAACGAGCGAGUCAAGAAGCUCUUGGAGAAACAGAAAGGAGGAAAGGUGCCAGGGAAGGAGCAGCUGUCGGAGGAUGACUUCAGUGUGCCCGAAUCAAAGAUCCUGGUGCCGGAACAGCGCCAAGUGGAGGUCAAGGAGGCGAUGGUGCAAUUGCUGAAGAGGGCCAUUUCCCUGGUCAAUUUCAGCCACGAGGAGCACUCCAAGGUGAAGGAUGUGAGGAUCUCCAGGAUGCAGACCAAGCUGGACGUAGAUGGCCUGCAUCCUUGCUGCGGCUCCAUUGAUUCCCUUGCCAGCGAUAACAAGCCACAGUCCUGCCAAGCCUACAACAUGCGCAUUCGCUGCACCAAGAGGCCAAAGCCCACGAAAUCGGACAUCAAAAUCAAAUCCAACUCUCGGGAAAUAGUCGCCAGUCUCAUCAAGGAGGAGCAGCGGCGCUUGGAUCGAUUGAGGGCGGAAAAGGUGCAGUUAGUCGGUUCCAAGGAUAACACAAAACUGGGUUUUAUGAACAGGAACAAAGGCAGUACCAGGUCCACAGAUCCUGCCGCCUCCUCCAAGUCAAUAGAUUUGGACAUGAGCUCGUUGAUUGUUGAUCCCAAAGCGUUUCUCACCAAAGUGCUCGAUAAGAAGGAGGUUCUGUCGGUUGACCAGGUUAAUAAUUACGCACUGAACACCGUGGAAAAUCCAGAUGUCUUCUCAAAGGCACUGCCAAAAAAACCAGCGACUAAGUCCAGUAAAGGACCUGCUAAACUUUUGCCGCAGUGAAAAAUAAAAUAAAAUAUUAGCAAUUUAAAGAAUUUAUUACGUUCAUUUUGAAAAUGGAAUCCCUUGGAAUGGGAUAUGAAAAAUGUAAUAAAAAAGAUCAAAAA